AUGAAGCUGCAAGGAAAUAAGCGAUCGACUUCGCUCGCCCCGGGCAUCCAAAACAUAGUCUCGAGGAUGCUCACUGCCAAACCCACCCUCGCCACUGCCAGCGUGAUAUCAACUGCCUGCAACAACACGCUUUACCUGACCGAAUGCGAGUCGGCGUUGGCGACAGUCUCCGGCGCGGUGAUGAAGACAUCAAGGCACCUCUUUGACGUAUCUAUCGAGUUCGCCAUGUCUCGGGCUCACGCCAUCAGGUCUCUUGCGUACAACCUAACCUUCCCCUAUGAUCACCGAUCUCACCCGUACCCCCCAACGGGGAACUACGAUUGCGUCGAGCUGCUGGACGCCACAGUGGCGCAACUAAGUGACGUUAUGGACAGCCGGAAGCAACCUAGCCAGGAAGAUGUCGAGACUUGGCUUAGCGCGGCGUUGACCAACCAGGUGACCUGUUUGGAGAGCCUCAAAAGCAAGCCUCCAGCCUCCGGAGACGCAUCCUUCGACUCCCAAGCCGAGAUCCUGAUUCAUCUUGUCAGCAAAUCACUGGCCCUUGUCAAGUCUAUUCAGCUCCCGAGGAGGGCUGGCCGGACGAAUUUCGUGGGCGGGGGCGGGCGGAAGCUGCUAUCCCGCGACAGCUUCCCGUCAUGGGUGUCGGCUGCGGAUAGGAAGCUGCUGUCGACCGGCGGGAAGGACAUCCUCGUUGACGCCGUGGUGGCCAUGGACGACAGCGGGACCCACAGGAGCAUUGGGGAGGCUCUGGCAUUCGUAUCUCUCGCGAGCAGCCGUGGCGGGGGGCGAAGAGUGAUCUACGUGAAGGCAGGGACAUACAUGGAAAAUGUUAAGAUCCCCAAGGGACAGACGAAUGUCAUGCUGGUUGGCGACGGGAAGGGCAAGUCGAUCAUCGUCGGCAGCCGCAACGCGGAGGACGGCUGGAGUACUUACCAGUCUGCCACCGUGGGUAGGUGACAAACAAAAGCCAUGAACAUCCUCGUCUACGUUGCGCCUUCAGUGAUCGCCCCGUGUUUUUGCAAAGGAGAGUAACAAUAGCUUAGAAUCUAGAAGAACUAGUGCACAACAGUAUUGCAAGACAUUUACACAAAACUUACUGAAAGCCGCUUCUUAAUCGGGUAAACCUACGUGUAUGAUAGCUGCCCUGGGGAGCGGAUUCAUCGCCAAGGACCUGACCAUCGUCAACAACGCCGGCCCAUCGAACCACCAAGCGGUAGCCCUCCUAGUCGGCGCCGACAAGGCCGUCGUCUACCACUGCUCCAUCGAAGGUCACCAGGACACGCUCUACACCCAUUCGAACCGGCAGUUCUACCGGGAAACCGACAUCUAUGGCACUGUCGACUUCAUCUUCGGCAACUCCGCCGUCGUCCUCCAGGCCUGCAACAUCUACCUCCGGAAGCCCAACCAUGGCCAGAAGAACUCCGUCACCGCCCAGGGCCGCACAGACCCCAACCAGAACACCGGCAUCUCCAUCCACAGAUGCCGUAUUGCACCCUCAAGCGACCUUGCCGCCGUAAAGCGCAGCGUACCGUCGUACCUCGGGCGCCCGUGGCAGAAGUACUCCAGAGUGGUGGUCAUGCAGUCGUACCUCGACGACGCCAUCCACCCCGCGGGCUGGGAGCCGUGGUCCGGCAGCUUCGCCUUGUCCACUUUGUACUACGGCGAGUACGGCAACACAGGGCCCGGCGCCGCCGCCUCCGGGCGGAUCAGCUGGGCCGGAGUCCAUCCGUCGAUGAGCGUGUCGGAGGCAUCCAAGUUCACCGUCGCCCAGUUCAUCUCGGGCACGGCCUGGCUGCCCGCCGCCGGCGUCGAGUUCACUGCCGGCCUCUGA